CUCGACGGAGGUCUACUUCCACGGCACACAGAUCACCACCACCUUGCUCGGCGUCAUACCCGCCACAAUCGUCAUGCACCAGAUCACCACUCCUAUCUUAUACAACCUCAAACUCUAUUCCAUCAAUGAGUACCUGGAGCUACGAUACCAGAGCUUGGCACUGCGGAAGGUGGGAACUAGUGUCUCUCUCCUCAGUAUGUCUAUCCAUUCUGGCAUGGCCGUGUAUGCUCCAUCGCUUGCUCUCGCCACCUGUCACCAGCAUCUCCCAUUUCAAGUCUGUACUCAUUGCCGGUGCCAUUGUUACCUUCUACAUUACGGUCGGUGGCGUGAAGGCGGUGGUGUACACGGACGUGCUGCAAACGCUGCUCAUGUUGGGGGGCGUUUUGGCGGUGGUGGUGAUGUGCUCCAUGGAAGUUGGUGGGGUGCAAGAGGUGUGGGCCACAGCUGGACAGGGCGGCCGACUCGAAUUCUUCAACCUAGACACCAACCUACACGUCCGCCACACAUUCUGGUCCACCGUCUGCUUAGGCUUUGCAAUGGCGAUAUACGUUGUCGCAUUAGACCAGGCAGUUUACCAACGUCUUGCUUCCGUCAAAAGCCUCCGCAUUUCCAAACGACUCGUGUGGUUCUUCCUGGUUGGGUUGUGGUGCCUGUGGAGUUUGUUCUUCUUCUCCGGCCUGGUUGCCUACGCCACCUACAACACUUGCGACCCUCUCACCUCGGGCAAGAUCAACAAGCCAGACCAGAUCAUUCCUUUCCUGAUCACCGACAAGCUGGGCUACAUCCCUGGUCUGUCCGGCGUGUUCGUGGCGGCAGUGUACGGCGGGGUGCUCAGCACUGUUUCCUCCGAGGCGAACUCAAUGGCCUGCUUGGUGUGGCAAGACUUCCUGAAGCCUGUGCCUUACUUUGCUGAGCUCAAGGAGUUCUCCGUGAUUCGCAUCAUCAAAACUCUUUCUUUUCUGGCCGGGUUAGUGGGAACUGUCUUCGGCAUAACAAUGGGAAGUCUGGGAAAUAUCUUCCAAGUUGUUUUCAGUCUGAAUGGCGCCAUUGCUGGUCCGCUCAAAGGACUGUUCUUGGCUGGCAUGGUGAUGCCAUGGGUUAAUGCUAAGGGUGCGUUUGUGGGGUUCCUGGUGUCCUUCUGCUUCAGUGUAUGGCUCAUGAUUGGUCAGUUACUGAAUGGGGAUGGGACGCCCCCGCCACUGCCUCUCUCUGUGGAGGCUUGUCCUCUCUCUUCAAACUUUACUUUGGACGCCUUCACUGCACUCACCAAUAUGUCACACUCCUACGCCAAUAUCACUGUCGAGCAUACAGAUGAAGAAAAAGUCAUGAACAACAUCUCCUACUGCUACAACGGCAUGAUCGCACUGCUGCUCUCCGUGGUCGUGAGCGGCGUGGUGUCGUUACUGAUUAAACCUACUCCUCCCGAAGACUUGAAAGAAGGGGUAGUGAAUCCGACCUGUGAGCGGCUUUACCGGAGGUGGUAUUACGCAAGGAGAAGAACCACAUGCAACCUGGAAAACGUGAAUGGUUCACAAGAAGCCGUCACUAUGCUCCCUCUAUCUGACACAAACCUUCACAGCCCACAGUGACACAAAGGAUUGUGUCCCAAAUCUUAAGUGACGAAAUUUCCUCUAAGUUUUAGCCUUUAUCUUUAUUUUUCCUGUAAAACGACAUCUAGUGUUUUUGUAAUCCAAAAAUAUUAAAAUUUUU